GCAAAACGUGUGUUGUUAAAACAGGGAAUUCAUUAAUAUUUUCUCAAAAGAAUACGCUGAUUUUAAUGAAGAAUGAAGUUAUGAAUUACAUGUUAAAAUCAUUCAAAAGUGUUUUGAAAUUUUUAUUUAUUUUUCUUCAAGAUGACUAAUUGAGUACCUAACAUGUGCGUUUUGUUUACAGUCACACGUUGAUAUAUAUCCGAAUUAAUAGUGCAGUUCCGAAUUUUAGUGCCUUUGGGUUUAAACAAUGGGGAAACGAAAGCAAGGAUUCAACUGGAAAGCCAGACAACAAAAUAAGACGAUUGUCGACAAUUCUGCAGUGGACAAUAUUCCACUUGAACUAAACUUCAGCACUGAGAAAGGUUAUGAUGACAGCAAUGCUCUCAUUUUGCCUGGUUCAAAGUCUGAGCGAAAGCAAGUCAAUGAGCAUGAAAACAGGGUCAAGAAACUGUCCAAGAAAGAAAGAAAGAAGUUGGAAAAAGUUCUAGAAGUAAAAGAGAAAAAAGCAAAGAGAGCGGACAUUUUGGCGUCGCUGUCAGCCCACCAGGCCAGCCAAGAGGAGAUGAACCAGCUCAUCGGCAUAGCAGACGUCAUGUCCGGAAGAGUGAAAAGGAAACAUGAAGAUGUGAUAAAUUCAGGAGUGAAAACUAUAAAUAUUAUUUCUAAAAGAAAUAGAAAAAGACGUCGUAAAGAGCCAACAGAGGAAGAACUUGGGAAAAGUGACAGUGAGGAGUCAAUCCACACCUCUGAUAUGUCAACUGAUGAAGAGGAUUCAGGUGUGGCGUCUGAAGAGGAACCCAAAGUUAACAAUGAACCUCAAGAGAAUAUAGUCCUAAGGAUGAAUAAGGAGCAAGAUGGUGAAAGCAAUCAUAGUUCAGCUGGAUCUACAUCUGUUAAAUCUGAAAUAGUCCUUAUAAAUGAUCCAUCUGAUGAUAUUGCAAAUAGAGCAAACACAAGUGCAACACAUGGGACAGAAGAAUCUAAUACAAGUCACAAAAAUAAUUCUCCAGUCUGGAAAGUAAAUACAAAGAAACAUGUUAGAAGUACCUCAGCCAAUUGGACAAUAAGCGAACUCACAUCUUCUGUAUGUACCCCUGAUAAGCAAGUCAAGUACUCUAGGGAUGAUGACGUUAUGGAAAAUAAGGGAAAAGUAGAUGUUGACAACCCUUCUGGUGGUAAUAAGGCAGUAACAGAGCCUGACAUUAAGGUAGCUGAUCUGGUGAUGAAAGUUGUGAACAUCCCAGUUGAGAGAGACACAGUUAUCCAGAAUGCGCGACUGAAGCUUCCAAUCCUUGGAGAGGAGCAGAGCAUCGUGGAGGCGAUCAACGAGCACCCGGUCAUGAUCAUCUGUGGUGAGACUGGCAGUGGGAAAACCACACAGGUGCCUCAGUUCCUGUAUGAAGCGGGAUAUGCACAUGGUGGAGGUAUCAUCGGUAUCACAGAGCCUCGAAGGGUGGCAGCUGUGGCCAUGUCCAGUCGGGUUGCCAAGGAGAUGUCCUUGAGUUCAAGUGUGGUGUCCUACCAGAUACGAUAUGAAGGCAACGUUACCGCAGAUUCAAAGGUCAAGUUCAUGACAGAUGGUGUCCUGCUUAAAGAAGUUCAGAAGGACUUCCUACUGACCAAAUACUCUGUGGUCAUUAUCGAUGAGGCUCAUGAGCGGAGCGUCUACACAGACAUCCUCAUUGGUCUGCUGUCACGCAUUGUACCACUGAGACACAAGCGAGGGAAGCCCCUGAAGCUAGUCAUCAUGUCCGCCACGCUGCGAGUGGAAGACUUCACAGAGAACAAGAGACUGUUCAAAGUCACACCCCCUGUGAUCAAGGUCGAUGCCAGGCAGUUUCCGGUUACAAUCCACUAUAACAAGAGAACUCCUGUGGAUGACUACCUCAAUGAAACAUUCAGAAAGACAUGUAAGAUUCACCGCACCCUGCCAGGCGGUGGCAUCCUGGUGUUUGUUACCGGGCAACAGGAAGUACAUACACUGUGUCGCAAGCUGAAGCAGGCCUUUCCAUUAACAGGCGAUUAUCAACCAGAAUAUCAUAGAGGGCACAAGAGAAUCAAGGCUGCAGACACUGAAGAAGUCAGCAAACUUCCACAUGUCAGUCUUGACAGUUACUCCGUGUCACCACUCGAUGACGAAGAGGAGCAGGAGAAAUCUCACCUUGACCUCGACCUUGAAUUGGACGGAAACGAAGGUACCACUGAUGACGCUGCUGCUGAUGGACACCAUAGUGACGCUGAUGACGCUGAUGACCUCUCGGAGUCCAGGGGAGACUGCUCCCAGCCUCUCUAUGUGCUGCCACUGUACUCACUGCUGUCCACAGAGAGACAGGCCAAGGUGUUUGGGCCAGUACCUGAGGGCUGUAGACUGUGCGUCAUAGCAACCAAUGUGGCGGAAACUUCGCUAACAAUACCUGGCAUCAAAUAUGUGGUUGACACUGGCAAGAUGAAGACCAAGUUCUAUGACAAGGUGACAGGUGUGUCCACAUUCCGUGUCACAUGGACGUCAAAGGCGUCUGCUGACCAGCGUGCAGGUCGAGCCGGUCGUGUUGGUCCGGGACACUGCUACCGCCUAUUUUCAUCUGCCGUUUUUAAUGAUGAAUUUGAGCAGUUUUCUAUGGCGGAAAUUACUCGACGUCCUGUUGACGACCUGGUUCUUCAAAUGAAGGAUAUGAAUAUUGACAAGAUUGUAAACUUCCCUUAUCCAACACCACCUGAUGCAGAGCAAAUCAAGGCUGCGGAGAGUCUGUUGAUCUCCCUGGGAGCUCUGACACAACCAACAGCGCCUAGAUCCUACAAGGAGUCACAGACAGAGCGGGCAACCAAGAUCACACCCCUGGGUCGGGCAAUGGCCAGUUUCCCUGUGUCUCCACGCUACGCCAAGAUGUUGGCUCUGAGUCAUCAGCAUGGACUUCUGCCCUACGUGGUUGCCAUAGUAGCGGCUCUGUCUGUGCAGGAGAUGUUUGUAGAGAUGCAUAGUAACCCUCAGGGUGAAAACGAUGACUUCAAACAAAGGCUGAUGCACUUAGCAGAAGUUAAAAGGAUCUGGGCCUCUUCUGGCCACUCCCUGUUGCUAGGCGACCUAAUGGUGAUGCUGAAGGCUGUGGGCUCCUGUGAGUUUGAGGGCUGCACUCCGUCAUUCUGUGAGAAAUACGGUAUACGCCUGAAAGCAAUCAAGGAAGUGAGGAAGCUGAGGAUGCAGCUCACUAAUUCAGUGAACCUGGUGAUGCCGGAUGCCAAUGUCUGCGUUGACCCACAGAUGCCCCCACCUGAUGACACAGAGGCCAGACUUCUGCGGCAGAUCGUCCUGUCAGGGAUGGGAGACCAUGUGGCCAGGAAGCUGCCUGAGUUGCCCUCCUCCCAUCCUGAUGCUAAGAAGUUAAAGAACGCAUACCAGUGUCCUGAUCUUGAAGACCCCGUUUUCAUUCAUCCCACAUCAGUCUUGUUCAAGCAUAGACCCCAGUGGGUUGUGUACCAACACAUUGAGGAGACCUCCAAGUUAUACAUGAAAGGCAUCAGUGCAAUAGAGCCAGAGUGGCUUCCCCUGUUCUGUAGUAGUCAUGUGACUUUAUCCCAGCCAAUGGAAGAUCCUCCUCCCAGAUAUGACAAGGUCAAGGGUCAGGUAAUGUGUACAGUGACAGGGCGGUAUGGUCACCGGGCGUGGCCCAUACCCCAGCUGGAGAUGGAGUAUCCACAGGGCGUGGAGAAGAUGCGGUGGUUUGCCCAGGCUCUCCUUGCGGGGGAGGUAGUGAAAGCACUGGGGACUUACACCCCCCACCUGCUGUCUGCACCCAGCACCAUGGUGAAAUCAUGGGCAAAACUUCAGCCAAGAACAGAGGUGCUGGUGAAGGCUCUGAUGUCAGAGAGAGUUGACAGCAGGGAGUCUCUAAUUGCCGCAUGGACACACAGCCCCUCUUAUUUGUUGUCAGCGUACCGCGAGUGGCUGCCAGACACCAUGCAUACAGAACUCUCCUUGAAAUGGCCACCUGUUAGUUCCUGAUUUAUGGCCUUAAUCAGAAUACUGACAUAAUUUAACAUACGUAAUAAAUUUAGAAAAUUCUUUUGAUGAGAUCUUUUGAGAUGUGUUAAAUUCCACUCCCUUUUCUAAAAGUAGUCUAAUUAAGUGUACAAUACUUUGUUCAUUAUUUCAUUGACCUUGUUGUAUAAUUGUGUUACGGUCAAUAGUAUUCAUAGUAAAUCACAAUAAGCAACCAGUGAAUAUUGAAAAUAUUGUUCGUAAUUUACUCUUUUGUAAAUAGUAUUGCAAUUGUUUUUGAUAAAUUGUCCUCUUAAAGCAGGGACGUAUACAAACAUAGGCCCCUGCUUAAAUUUCACAAAAAUUAUCCUUAUGGUCUUUUUUGAAUAGCCUCGAUGUAAAGCAUCAAAUUAAGUAACGAUGUUGAGCCGCCGAUAGUUGGUUCUUUGCACUUAAUUUGAAUUGUUUCAUUGCAUGCAAGUCUUGUAUACAUUGCAUCAAAAUAAGCCAGACUUGCAGUUUUAGCAAGCUUUUGAUGAUAUUUAUGUUACUUGUCAUUGAGGAUUUUAUGUUGAAAUCUGAUACAUACUGGUUGAUCAUAUGUGUAUUAAAUAUUAAACAAAUCAAAUAUUA